AUGAUUUUGGCGCAGCUGCAGAUUAACCGAAGUGUGGGUUUCCAGAAGACUUGCUUUGCACCAUCACUCCUCGAAGCUCAUUUGACGCAAGCGGCGGCCAACGAUGUAUGCACGCGCACGGAAACUUGCGUAGCUUUCCAAGCAGGGCCGACAUUCGAGUACUAUCGGCCGGAGGGGAGCGGAGUUGCACGUGCGCAGACAUUAAGGUCUGCGAACAUUACUGUAUACAAGCACGGUGUAUGCUUGUAUGAGAAGGGGACCAGAUGUCCGCAGUUCUCCGGCUAUGAUGUUUACGUGGAUUCACGUCAUGCGGGUGAUGAUGACGGUGUUCGCGAAUGGUCGACCAACACGACGGCGAACACGGAAUGCGAUCAGGACCGUGGGUGCUUUGCUUUCAGCACGCCGCCCGCUAAUGGUGACGCGACAUCGCCACCCCGGCUGCUGAUGCAAACGGCAGCGGCGGUGAACAUCAGCUACGCCUUGGGUUGGUGCUUGUUUAUCAAGCAAGGUGAGCGCUAG